AUGGCAAGGUCACCUUAUGGGGCAAGUCCGCUGGCGCUUUUAGUGUCGAGUAUCACCUCACCGCGUUCGACGGUGAUAACUCGUACAAUCUCCGGGGUGGCAAAAAGACCAGUCGGAAAGACAAGGUCUUUCGAGCCGCUAUCAUGGACAGUGGGACGAUACUCGGAUCCGGUGUCCGGGACGCCGUUACUAUCCAAGCCAAAGCUCCAUACGGCACGCUUUUCAAGGCAUUUGAACCCCAAGCCUACACUCCUAUCGUUUGCGGCAUCGUCACAUCUCAUCCGCCGCAUGAGUGUCGCGACAGGAUUGAUCGCAGAUGCCGCAAUUCUGGCAGGAGCACAUACAGAUGAAGGAGCUGCCUCUUUCUGGGGUCCGAGAGGGCCUUUGAAUACCACGAGGAUGUCGGCGAGUUUGUUCAAAGUCUGA